UCCAGAUCAGUUGCAGUGCGACAGUCGAUCGGGAGAGUUCUUUUUAUUUUUUUUAGAAUGUGGAUCGUAAUCCUGGCUUGCAUCGCUAUUCUGAGCCUGGCGGCUAUCUGGUCCAUAGUGAAGAAGAAUAGUUACCCGCAAACUAUCGGUAUUGUAGAACCGUGGUAUCCACUGAUUGGAAAUGGAUUGCUUUUUCUCGGACAGACAGACGUGAAGAAAUUUCAGAAUUUAGAAAAGGUAUGCAGUGCUGGAAAAGAGGAUUUGUUUCGAUUGUAUUUAGGUGAAAAAAUAAUAUUCUACACGAAUGAUGUCAACAUGGCUCAGAAAAUCAUGACCAAUCCCAACUGCAUGAAUAGACCUUACAUGUACGACUUUUUCAAUCUCAAUAAGGGAUUGUUUGCGGCUAAAACUCACCUCUGGAAAGGUCAACGGAAAGCGCUGAACCCUGCCUUCAACAUGAAAAUACUGGAGAGUUUCGUGCCGAUUUUCUGUGACGCAACCAAGAAUAUGGUGCAGCGAUUGGACGCCAUCCCAGCGGGAGAAACGAUCAAUAUUAUGGAGCAUCUGUUGAGGUGCACAUUGGAAAUGCUUUGCGCGACGACAUUCGAAUUCGAUGUAAACGAUUUUGCCAAAAUCGAUGAAAUGUUACAUGGCAUGGAAAGUUUUUUCUACUAUGCAGCCAAAAGAAUGUUGAAAUUCCAAUACCACUUAGACUUCAUCUAUCGCUGGACUAAAGACUACCGGGAACAAACAAGUGUGCAUAAAUUUAUGCAUACAUAUGGAAUGCAGAUCUAUAAUAAUGCAAACGAGAAGUACACUAAAGGUUUACUAACGAAUGAUCAAACCGAGGACGGCAAUAACGAAGGUUUUCGAAAACCACAACUUUUUGUGAAUCAAAUAUUCUCCAACACCUCGCGAAAGUUCACCCGAGAGGAAAUUAUCGAGAACAUACUCACCAUACUUGGCGCUGGGACGGAUACCUCGGCCACCGAGGUUGCCUACGUCUUGCUGCAGUUGGCAAUGUACCCGAGCUAUCAGCAAAAAGUGUACGAGGAAAUCAUGAAAGUUUUUCCGGAAGCGGAACCACAUAUUACAACGGAAUCUCUUAAGCGACUCCAGUACACGGAAAUGGUAAUGAACGAAUGCUUCCGAAUAUAUCCUGUAGCGCCGAACCUGUUGCGCGAAAACACUGAGGAUGUCACGCUUUGUGGAGCACGGAUCCCCAAAGGGUCCAUUUUUGGAAUAAGUAUCUACACCAUUCAUCGGCGGAAAGACAUAUGGGGACCGGAUGCCGACCGUUUCAACCCGGAGAGAUUUUCACCAGAACGAUCUGCUGGAAGGCAUCCGUUUGCAUUUUUGGCGUUUAGUGGAGGAUCCCGCAAUUGUUUGGGUGCUCGUUAUGCGAUGAUCAGUAUGAAGAUAAUGUUGGUAUAUCUGAUGAAGAAAUACCAUUUCAAAACUAAAAUACGAGAGGAAGAUCUUCGAUACCGCUUCGAAAUCAUAUUACGCUUAGACGGCGAGCAUUUGGUCCAGAUAGAAAAACGCUAAUUAUAUGAUUACUAUUUGUAAAUGGUGUUGUUAAACUAAUGCAAUAAAAAGGGAAACAGGGCAUCAGUAUGGAACUUUAAUUAAAUAAUGCGUACAUAGAAGUCUUAUGCCCAAGUAACCAUGGUGCUGUAGCCUUAUUGCAUGCAGAUAUACGGUGUAUUUAUUUAAUUUACAAUACUUUACACGUCAAAACCAGCUCAGACCUCUAGCCUGACGAUGCUAAACUGGGACGUCGAUUACAGCUAAACCAAAAAUCCAAUAUUUAAUCAGCCAACAGCUGACCGUUACCCGCACGUUAAAGAUAAUAAUCAAAUCUAGUAAAUUUGCCGACUAGC